UUGUUCAGAUAUACCUUACGUGUGCUAAGGUUCGGACGUGCCUUGGCACAGCAGCGGGAAAUCAAAAUUUGGCAAUAAGAAAAAUAAAAAAAAAAAUUGAAAUUAGACUGAACAAUGUCCUGGCAAAGGAUAAAAUAAAUACUUAAAGGACAUUUCGAAGGAUAUAAAGGAUAUUCAUUUUGAAGUUCUUUUUGUGUGAAAAAGAGAAAAAACAUUUUGAUACAAUUUUUUAUGUAGUAAUAGUGGAAAACGAAAACAAAUUAAUCUAACGAAAUGGAAUUUUUUUUCAAAUUCGGUUAUGUCUUCAUAAUCGUAACACUCAUUAUAAUGAUAUGGAUGUCACUGGCGAGAGCAUCGCUGUACAAUCAUCGCGAAAUGGAAGAAAUGAGAUAUCCACCAUGCGCAUAUAACUCACUUUGUACGUGUUCCAAAUCAUCUACAGAUCUGGGUAUAGUUCAUUGUAAAAAUGUACCAUUUCCUGCACUGCCACGAAUGGUGAAUCAAUCCAAGGUUUUCAUGCUGCAUAUGGAAAAUACGGGAUUGCGUGAAAUCGAGCCAUAUUUCCUGCAAUCGACUGGCAUGUAUCGUUUGAAGAUAUCGGGCAAUCACCUAACCGAAAUACCCGAUGAUGCAUUCACCGGCCUGGAACGUUCGCUGUGGGAAUUGAUACUGCCACAAAAUGAUCUUGUCGAAAUACCAUCGAAAUCAUUUAGACAUUUACAGAAGCUACGCCAUUUAGACUUGAGUCACAAUCACAUCACUCACAUAUUGCAUGAUUCAUUUCGUGGCCUGGAGGAUUCGUUGCAGACCCUCCUCUUGGGCGACAAUUGCAUAUCCUCAUUACCACCGCACAUCUUUACGGGUCUUUUGAUAUUGGAAACAUUGGAUUUGAGUGGCAACAAUUUGUUUGAAAUUGAUCCUAAUGUCUUUGUGGAUGGUAUGCCAAGGCUAAUGAAGCUUCUGUUGACGGAUAAUAUCCUAUCGGAGAUACCAUAUGAUGCGUUGGGCCCGUUGAAGAGCCUGCGAACCCUGGACAUAUCACACAAUGUGAUAUGGUCGUUGAGCGGCAAUGAGACGUAUGAUAUUAGAGCCAACACAAAGCUUAAUUUGGACAAUUUACACUUGGAAUACAAUAAUAUAAGCAUGUUGCCACCAAAUUCAUUCAAAUAUUUUGAUGUUGUUAAUCGCACCUUCUUAGAUGGCAAUCCUAUACACACAAUGAAGGAUGAUGCUUUUAAACCUGCAAAAAUACGAGAAAUCUAUAUGCGGUACUGUGGCUUAACGGAAAUUUUGCCCAUGGCAUUUGAUAGUUUAACCGGCAGUUUGCAAAUAUUGGAUUUAUCUGGCAAUAAUUUGACACAUCUUCAUCACAAACUAUUCAACAAGUUCGAUGUAUUAAGAGUCAUCAGCAUGCGUGACAAUAAAAUCAAAAUAGAACAACCUAUGGAAACUUUCAAUACCAUGCAGUACACUCUUCUGAAGUUGGAUUUAAGCGGCGAAAUGAACGAUCCAACAAAUCUGCAAACAUUGCGCAAUAUGACCAGAAUGAGGAAUAUGCGUUCCCUAUCGAUGUCGCGCAUGAGUUCCAACUCCAUAGGACCAGAUGAUUUUAAAGAUUUUGGCGUUGAACUGGAAGAUUUGCAGAUAACCCGAGCCACUUUGAGCAAUAUACAGGCGCAUGCUUUUAAACAUGUGCGAGGAUUGAAGCGAUUGGAUUUCAGUGAGAACAGCAUACAGGGUAUAGAAAAUGAUGCAUUCGAUGAGAUUGGCCAUUCUUUGAUAUCGUUGAAAAUUGCCCAUGGCUUUUCGGGCAAUGCUUUGCCAGCUGAACCUUUACGCCAUUUGACUUCGUUACAAGAAUUGGAUAUGAGCAAUAAUAAAAUUCAAACAAUGAGUGAUACCAGCUUCCAUUUUUUGAAAAACUUAAGACUGUUGGAGUUACACGACAAUCGCAUUGAGCAGGUUAUGAAGGGAACAUUCCAGGGUGACAUUCAUUCCAAAUUGGAGGAAAUCUCCUUCCGAUUUAACUAUAUGACUCAGAUAUCGCAACAUACAUUUUUCGAUUUAGAGGCCUUGCGAAAAUUACAUUUGGACGAUAAUAAAAUAGAACGUGUUGAACGUCGGGCUUUUAUGAAUCUGGAUGAAUUGGAACAUUUAAGUCUACGAGGAAAUAAAUUAAACAAUUUGGCUGAAGAAUCGUUUCAGAAUUUACCAAAAUUGGAAGUUUUAGAUAUGGCUUUCAAUAUGUUGCCAAAUUUCAAUUUCGAUUAUUUCGAUCAGGUUGGAACCUUAUCAAAUUUGAUGGUGAACGUUAGUCACAAUCAAAUAAAAAUGUUAAUGCACAAUUCAUCAUGGACUGGAAGAGGUGAUCAUGGUUCAAUGUAUCAUUCAAAUAUUAAAAUACUGGAUUUAUCACACAAUAAUAUCUCGAUUAUAUAUCCGGGAUAUUUUAGACCCGCCGAAAGUUCACUUACACAUUUGCAUAUGGGCUAUAAUGCCUUGAUGAACGUCACACGUGAUGUCUUUGGUAAUAUGCCACAUUUACAGUGGUUGGAUAUUUCCCAUAACUAUAUACGAGAAUUGGAUUUUGAUGCUUUCAAAAAUACCAAAGAAUUACAGUUGAUCUAUUUCCAUUACAAUCAUUUGACUGAUAUACCUCAAGAAGUCUUCAAACCCAUACGUGCCUUGAGGGUCGUUGACUUCUCACAUAAUCAUUUGCGUGGCUUACCGGACAAUUUAUUUUACAAUGGCGGCAUGGAGAAAUUGGAUGUUUCCCACAAUAUGCUGCUGAAAAUUCCCUCAUCAUCACUGUCAAGUUUGGCAGCCCUUACACUGUGCGAACUUCAUUUGUCCAAUAAUUUCAUAUCCACCAUACACAGCAUGGAUUUAUCGAACAAAUUCAGACCGAAUAAAUAUCGGUCACUACGUUACUUGGAUAUUUCCUAUAAUUAUUUACUGCGCAUCGAUGAUGCCGUCUUUGCUACAAUGCCCAAAUUGGCUGUUUUGGAUUUGUCACAUAAUCGCGAUCUGAAAGUCAUGGAUAAAUCGUUUAUGGGCCUGGAGACUAGCCUUAUCAAAUUGGGUUUGGAGAAUGUCUCGCUGAGUACGGUGCCUGAGAUACGUUUGAGAUAUUUGCGUGAGAUACGUUUGGGCUACAAUGAAUUGCCAUCGGUACCCCAGGAGCUGGCCAAUAAUAUGUCUAAUUUACGAAUGUUGGAUUUAUCGAAUAAUGAUUUGACGAAUGUACCACUGAUGACACAUUCGUUGCCACAUUUGAGGAAGUUAAUGUUAUCCGGCAAUCCUAUAACCUCACUUAACAACAACAGCUUUGAUGGUGUCAAUGAGGAUCUGGAAAUGUUAGACAUCUCCAAUUUCCGUUUACAUUACUUCGAAUAUGGCUGCUUAGAUGCCCUGCCACAUUUGCGUCAGCUAAAAUUGACUGCGUAUUCCCAUCUGGAACAUUUCAAUAUACCCUAUCUGCUGAAGAAUCAUCAUAAUAUUCGAGAUCUAUGGAUAGAGGCUCCACAACCCUUCACACGUAUCAUCAAAAAGGGUUCGGGGCCCAAUCAGGAAAUGCAAACCGUACAAAUGGGUAUGCCCACAGAUUUGGCCAGAGAAAUGGAAGGACAUUUGCCACAGAAGUUGACAAAUAUCACUUUCAGUGGACCGCAGUUUUCCACAUUAAAUGAAAAUAUUCUAAAGGGCAUGCGUUCGCCAUAUCUGCACAUACAAAUCUACAAUACAUCCUUGUCCGAGUUACCCAAAAAUUUCUUUAAGAAUAUGGGACGUGUUCGCAAUAUUUCCUUAGAUAUUCGCUAUAAUAAUCGUAUGCUAAAGAGAAUACCGAAUCCCAAUACUGGAACGGUGCCCUAUUUGCCCAAUAGUGUGUUCUUAACGGAGUUGAAGAUGUCCGAUUCGGAUUUGAAUUGUGACUGUGAAUUGGGAUGGGUUGAAUUUUGGCAACGAAAACGCCGCCAAUAUAUCUGUUCAUCACAAACAUGGACUGAUACCAUAUUCCGCACAUUUAUGAAUUCACCCUGUCAGGUUUAUAGUCGCUAUGCGUGCGAUGAACAUGAUGAUGAUUUAAGGGAAACACGAUGUGACAAUAAAGGUGGUCAACAACUAAUGGAGCAAUUAAAGUCUGAAUUGGAAUGCGGUUGGGAUGGGGCCACUUGUCGUGAAGCUUUUCUGAUAGUUGUAUUUACUUGCGUAUUCUUGGUGUUGUUCUUGUGACAUCUCCGAUGUGUGUUCAAUAUAACAAAACAAUUCUAUGAUGUUUUGGAACAAGUCUAUGGCAAGACAGACUUGUAAAUUUUAGAAGAAGAAGAAGAUGAAAAAAAAAAAAUACCCAAGAAAA